AAAAAAUUAAUAUUAAAAUUACCGAACGCAUUCACAUGUCAUAAAUUUAUCUUCUCUCUUUUAAGGUUGAGGUUAGGUUAGUAAAUUGUCAUCUAAUUUUUUUUAAGAUUUCGGUUCUCAAAAAAAUGGGAACGUGUAGUGAAUAUAUAAUAAAUAUAUUUCCAACAAUAGAUGAAGAUCUAAAACAAUAUGUAGAAGACGUAUUAUUAAACGGUGCAGACGAGUUUGAAGAUAGCGAAGAGGUUUAUGAAGCAGUAGGGGAAGUUUUACAGGAAAUAUCUAAUGAUAAAUCUGAAGAAGAUAUAAGAAAUAUUUGUAAUGACUUGCUUUGCUUGAUGAAACCAGAUAAGAAAACGUCAACUAACGGUGCUAUGAAGGUACUAAAUGCACCUGUCCAUUUAGGUUCAAUGGUGGAUCAUACAGAUCCCAACAUAGAUGAUGUUAAGAGUAUUUGGCUUAUUCAAAGAGAUGAUACUUUGAAAGUUGAUGCUAGAAAAUUAGAAAAAGCAGAAGCCAAAUUACUACAAAAACAAGAUAAGAGAACCACAGAAGUUAAAUUCGUUGCACCUCCUAAACUUCAAACAGCUUCAGCUUCACAAGUUACCAGUAAAAAGGAUAGCAAGUUAGAAGCCAAAGGAACAAAUAGGACUCAGGAUAUUAGGAUAGAAAACUUUGAUGUUGCUUAUGGAGAUCGGGUAUUAUUACAAGGAGCUGAUAUAGUCUUAGCACAUGGUAGAAGAUAUGGUCUUGUAGGAAGAAAUGGUUUAGGAAAAAGUACAUUAUUAAGAAUGAUUUCAUGUGGACAAUUAAGAAUACCUUCACAUAUAACAAUUCUUCACGUAGAACAAGAAGUAAUAGGAGAUGAAACUAUAGCAUUAGAUAGUGUAUUAGAAUGUGAUACAGUUAGAAAUGAAUUAUUACAAAAAGAAAGAGAAAUUAGUGCAGCUAUUAAUAGCGGGUCCACUGAUCCUUCUCUUAAUGGCCAGCUUACAGAAGUAUAUGCCCAACUGCAAAAUAUAGAAUCAGACAAAGCACCUGCUAAAGCUUCUAUAAUCUUAAACGGUUUGGGUUUCACAACUGAAAUGCAACAAAAUGCUACCAAAACAUUUUCCGGAGGUUGGAGGAUGAGAUUAGCAUUGGCCCGAGCUUUAUUCUCUAGACCUGAUCUCUUGCUUCUUGAUGAACCCACUAACAUGUUGGACAUCAAAGCUAUUAUUUGGUUAGAAAAUUAUCUGCAGAACUGGCCGACGACAUUACUUGUAGUGUCCCACGACAGAAAUUUCUUAGAUACUGUACCUACUGAUAUUCUGUAUUUACAUUCUCAAAGGAUAGAUCCGUACAGGGGAAAUUAUGAACAAUUUGAGAAAACCAAAACUGAGAAACUCAAGAACCAACAACGGGAGUACGAAGCACAAAUGCAGCAAAGACAACAUGUUCAAGAAUUUAUAGACAGAUUUAGGUACAACGCCAACAGAGCUGCUUUGGUACAAUCCAAAAUAAAGAUGUUGGAAAAACUCCCCGAAUUAAAGCCCAUUAUUAAAGAAACCGAAGUGGUUCUCAAAUUACCAGAAACUGAACCCCUGUCGCCUCCCAUUUUGCAACUAGACGAAAUUUUGUUCCGAUAUACUAAUGACAGGGUGAUAUUUAGUAACGUUAAUCUUGGUGCUACUAUGGAUUCCAGAAUAUGUAUUGUUGGUGAUAACGGUGCUGGUAAAACCACACUAUUAAAAAUAAUUAUGGGUAUAUUGUCUCCCACAGCUGGUAUGAGGAAUGUACAUCGAAGCCUCAAAUUUGGUUAUUUCAGCCAGCAUCACGUAGAUCAAUUAGACAUGAAUGUUAAUUCUGUAGAACUUUUACAACAGACCUACCCUGGAAAACCGAUUGAGGAUUACAGACGACAAUUGGGUAGUUUUGGAGUUUCUGGAGAUUUGGCACUUCAAACUGUAUCGAGUUUAUCUGGAGGACAAAAAUCUCGCGUAGCAUUCGCAAGCAUGUGCAUGGGCCGACCUAAUUUCUUGGUCCUUGAUGAACCUACUAAUCACUUAGAUAUAGAAACUAUUGAGGCUUUAGGAAAGGCGAUUCAGAAGUACACGGGAGGUGUAAUUCUCGUUUCUCACGACGAGCGUUUGAUCAGAAUGGUAUGCACUGAACUUUGGGUAUGUGGAAACGGGUCCGUUAAAAGCAUAGAAGGAGGAUUUGAUGAAUACCGAAAGAUCGUUGAACAAGAACUGGAAGCAGCCGCCCAAUCGAAAUAACAUUUGUCUAAAUAAAUUUCAAUAUUUAUUUAAGAAUGGGAGAUUGGGUGGUUUACACAGAAUGUCUAAAAUGCCAAAAGUUUCUUAUUUUCAACUGAGUUUCUUAUCAACUUGUAUUAAUAAUAUAAUUUUGCAUUUAUUUACUAAAAAACACUGUAUUUUGUUAAUAAAACAAGUACAAAAUAUUUGCAACUAUAAAAUAAAACUUAAAUCAUUUCGGUUAAAUAUAAAUUUAGAAAAAUUGAUAAAAUUUGAACAUAUUUGGUAAUCGCCCAGUAUAAAAAAAAACACUGCGUUUAAUCAGUGAUUUUUUAUGUAAAUGAAAUUUUAUUGUAUAAAUGUGCCUGUUUUAGAUCAUUCGUAUUUAUGAUUUUUUUUUUUGUUAAAUUUAUAAUCAUAAUAUUUAUAACUCAACCUGUUCAUAGAAAAUAAUAAAAAAU